GUAGACAAACGCACGCUUAAGGUAAAAGAGAGAGAGAGAGAGAGAGAAAGAUACCUUCUAGGCUUUUGUUGUUUUUCAUCUGCCUUGUUGUUCUGUGUUUUCUGAUUCUCUUCCUCGAUCGACAAUGUCUUCCUCGACCGAUAGUCCCACCCUGACGACCGAGACCACCCAGCUUUCACCCCAACCAGACACUGAAACAGCCCAACCCACCAAGAAAAUCACCCUCAAAAGCUCUGAUAACCAGAUCUUUGAAGUAGAAGAAGCUGUAGCCAUGGAAUUUGCGACUGUGAAAUCUUUCUUUGAAGACUCACCGUCAUCGACCGACACUGUGCCACUCCCUAAUGUGACGGCCAAGCCAUUGUCCCAAGUUAUUGAGUUCUGCAAGGAGCAAAUAAAGUUUAAAGCAAACCCAGAUGAAGCACAGAAGAAAAAGUACCAUUCGGAGUUUCUUAAAGAAAAGAGUGACAAAGAUCUGGUGGAUAUGAUUCCGGUGGCUAACUAUUUGGAGAUUAAAGAUUUGCUUGAUGUGCUUAACCAGGCUGUUGCUGAUAGGAUUGAGAACAAGAGUGUUGAAUAUGUGAGAGGCUUCUUUGGGAUUGACAGCGAUUUUACUGCUGAAGAAGAGGCUGCGCUUCGUCAAGAACAUGCUUGGGCUUAUGAAGGUGUUGAUGAGGACUAAUCAAUCGGAGUUUGCUUCUUUAUGAAAAAAGAUCAAAUAUUUAGACUUGUUUUGAACAAUUUUCAUUUUCAUUAGGGUUUUUGGUUUUAUUUGUAUAUGCAGGGUUUUAGAGAAAAAUAAGUAUGGAACGGAGAUGUGUGAUAUUGGUGCUUUUAAUGGAAUGGAUUAGGAUUUUGUUUUUGAUUAA